AUGUUGCCCUCGUCGUGGGACUCAACAUCUACCUCCAGCAACGACUCGCGAUUGCCUACUUCUCAACCCAGGAGCUCUCCCAGUUCAAGACGGUCGAGUGGGUUUUCGUCUGCAUCUUCAUCGUUUGUUGCUUCAUUGCCGACUGCCUACUCGACCUACGCGGUUUCUGCCCAAUCACCUACCCCCAAACGCGCCAGAAACUUUUCUGAGCGCGAGGAUCACAUAUCCUCAGAUUGGGAAUGCGAUCUUGCAUAUGCAGUUGUCCACGCUUCUGACUGCACUACCUGUCGCGCCUACAAAGCCCAUGUUUCCGAUGCUAAAAAGUCGUCUCCAAAUAUUCAACGGGCACUCCAAGACCGUGACAAGCGGCUUGAUACUUAUUUUGCUGACGGUGUUGAAGAAGGCCGUCGUACUCAACAGGUACAACAGGAUCAAAUCCACGAGCUUGAAGGGGCGAAAGCGGACGCAACUGCGCUGGUUGCCCAUCUGAGGGCAGAAAUACGCGAAUCCUCUGCCCAACAAAGUCAGCUGCAAUCUCAGCUUCUUCUCUCUCAGACAGAAUGCGAGGCUCUUAUGAAGCGUGUACAAGAACUCCUUCUGGCCAUGCCAACGGAGAACGCCAACGCUCUGUCCAAGUCAGAAUGUGGCUUACGACUUGUUAGACCUGAACCCGAAUCAGUUGCUCAACAUGCCCUUCCUCCACGUCCAGAGGUGUACCUGCCCUCUCCUUUCCACCACCCGAUCCGCAUGCCACGAACAUUGCGACAGCUUCAGUUACUUAUAAGCAAAGCUCAUCAGCCUGGGAACGACGACACACUCACCCGCAUCAAAGCUCUUUGCACUGAAGCCCACAAUACUCCGAGAGAACAGAAAACGGAGAUGCAGCGUUAUAUCCUUGCCAAUUGGCGUAAUCCUGAGCCAGCGACAGCAACUUCCAGCUUGCAUGGUCAUUCCCAGCUGCCUCUUCUUUUAGGCUCCCAUCGCUCUGUCCAACCUCGCGUCAACAACCCACGAGCUGACGACCCAACUGAGGUCUGGCAUGCUUAUCUGACGGUGCAUCAAGGCUCUUGGCCUCGUGGGGUUCGUAAAGAGGCUGAUGGAAGCCCUCAUUUCGACGACCUCAAAGCAAGUCGUACGGUUGCCCGACUUAGGCCGACUGGUGGGGACUCUUCGUUUCGCAACGAAUGGAUGUCCUGCGUAGUUGGAAUAUUUGCUACGCCUGGGAUGUAUGCUGAUCUUCUGCGCCGGGAAGGUUUGGUGGUGGCACCCAGCCACAUGGCCCUUCGUCAACCAUACUCUGCCUCAAACGCGAUUCGAGUGGAAAACGUUGUUCGACACCUUGCUAAUGCUGGCGUGACUGUUGCUGAUGCCGAAAGAGAAAUCGAGGCCUGGGCAAGGGAGUACCAAGCCACAAUAAUCUAUCCCAACGACGCAAAGUCGUGUUCCAACAAAUCUAAUGACCCGCAUCACAAUACCAACACCACGUUGCGGUAUUCUCGUGGAACAGGAUUGUAUGACCUGGAGAAGGAGCGCUUUGGAUGGCGUUGA